GUCAAAUUUAAAAAAAUCAGUUUGAAAGUGAAGACGAUUUGCGUUCGGACUUUUUAUUAUUUUUAGAGUGGUAAUUUAAAUUAACAAAAUGAGAGAAAUUGUCCACGUGCAAGCCGGCCAGUGUGGUAAUCAAAUAGGUGCCAAAUUCUGGGAAGUUAUUUCAGAUGAACAUGGAAUCGACCCUACAGGAACGUACCACGGGGAUUCGGAUCUGCAACUUGAAAGAAUCAACGUUUAUUACAAUGAAGCCACAGGAGGAAAAUAUGUCCCUAGAGCAAUAUUGGUUGAUUUGGAACCAGGCACAAUGGACUCGGUCAGAUCAGGACCAUUUGGACAGAUUUUCAGGCCUGAUAAUUUUGUUUUUGGACAAAGUGGCGCAGGAAACAACUGGGCUAAGGGACACUACACAGAAGGCGCCGAACUUGUCGAUUCCGUUUUGGACGUGAUCAGAAAAGAGGCAGAAAGUUGCGAUUGUUUGCAAGGAUUUCAGCUGACGCAUUCUCUAGGUGGUGGAACAGGAUCUGGAAUGGGAACAUUGAUCAUUAGCAAAGUUAGAGAAGAAUACCCAGACAGAAUUAUGAAUACGUUCUCCGUUGUUCCAUCUCCAAAGGUAUCAGACACAGUUGUUGAACCAUACAAUGCUACACUAUCAGUCCACCAGUUGGUGGAAAACACAGACGAGACAUACUGCAUUGACAACGAGGCUCUGUAUGAUAUUUGCUUCCGCACACUCAAACUGACAACCCCAACGUAUGGCGAUCUGAACCAUCUGGUAUCUGCUACAAUGUCCGGUGUUACAACCUGUCUUCGUUUCCCUGGUCAGCUGAACGCAGAUCUGCGCAAACUUGCUGUCAACAUGGUGCCUUUCCCACGUCUGCAUUUCUUCAUGCCUGGGUUCGCUCCACUCACGUCGCGUGGAAGCCAGCAGUACAGAGCCCUCACGGUUCCAGAACUCACACAGCAGAUGUUUGAUGCCAAGAACAUGAUGGCCGCCUGUGAUCCACGUCAUGGCCGAUACCUCACUGUUGCUGCCAUCUUCCGUGGCCGCAUGUCCAUGAAGGAGGUUGAUGAGCAGAUGUUGAACGUCCAGAACAAGAACAGCAGCUACUUCGUCGAAUGGAUCCCCAACAAUGUUAAGACCGCCGUCUGUGACAUCCCUCCUCGUGGUCUUAAGAUGUCUGCAACCUUCAUUGGCAACAGCACCGCCAUCCAGGAGCUGUUCAAGCGAAUCUCCGAGCAGUUUACCGCCAUGUUCAGGAGAAAGGCUUUCCUCCACUGGUACACUGGUGAGGGUAUGGAUGAGAUGGAGUUCACUGAGGCAGAGUCCAACAUGAAUGAUCUGGUGUCAGAAUACCAGCAAUACCAGGAUGCCACUGCAGAAGAGGAAGGGGAAUUCGACGAAGAAGAGGAAGAUGCUGAACAGGCUUAAAACGAAAACUGGACUCUUUUUCGUAAAACAAAUCUGGACAACUCGGAACAAUUGUGGGCAGAAUAUUGUCGUUUUAUUUUACUCUUUCUUUUUAUUAUACACUUGGUUUUAAACUUUAAACAUUCAUUCAUUCAUUCAUUGAACUAUUUUGAAAUAUUGAAAAUACAUAUUGAAUUAUAACCAUUUUGAGGUGUAUAACAAAUUUCAUUACAUAAUGUUUAAAAGUUUUAACAUUAUAUAACGUGAAAAAGAGACAACACUGCCAAAAACAAUUUUACUUAAUGAAAUGCAUUUGAAAACUUUGUUUUUUGUUUUUGUUUAUGUGUUGGGUGGGACUGUGGUGAUGGCAAAUAAAACUUUAUUUGUAUAUUCAAAA